AUGACGGUUGCUUUGUUCAAAGUCGUUUUUUUUGCUACAUUGGUGGUGCUGAGUACUUGCGUAUUAGGAGUUCAUGUUGAAAACCAGAUUCAAAGCAAAACUUCCAUCCCAUUUGAAAGAGAUACAUGUGUUGGAGUUCCAGAUUGUCAUAACUUAGUCUGUCCACCGGGGAUGAUUCGAUGGUGCUUGGCGGGAAUUUGUCGAUGCAUUAAAUGA